GGUUUAGUUACCUUUGACGUAGGCCGGCAUUUUCCCACAACACCCCGCUGCAGCUCGCAAAGAUGACGAAAAUGGCUGACAGCGGAUCAUCGGUUGAAAUUGUUGAGGGCUGCCGCCUUCCCGUUCUCCGUAAGAACCAGGAACACGAAGACGAGUGGCCAUUGGCUGAGAUUUUAAGUGUGAAGGAAGUCUCUGGAAGAAAACUCUAUUAUGUUCACUACAUUGACUUCAACAAACGUCUGGAUGAGUGGGUCACAUCAGAUAGGCUGGACAUGAAAAAACUCCAGUUCCCGAAAAAGGAAGCAAAAACUCCAACCAAGAAUGGUCUUCCAGGCUCCCGCCCAAGUUCACCGGAACGAGAAGUGAGGAAGAGUCUAGAUCUCAACCUACAAUCUGCCACAGCUCCUUCCAGAGGCAAAACUCUCCCCACUCCGAAGAGGAAAGUGGAGCCCGUCCCUCUGGUGCCACAGGUUCCACCGGCCCCCCCGGUGCCCUCCCUGCCAACUUCAACCGAGGCGUCUCCGGCAGCUGUAUACCCCGCCGCGAGGGAGACGAACACCUUCAAGACCCGAGAAGACCAUGACCAGAUUUCCUCCCUCACGACAAAUGGCACCGCUCGAAGGCUCAUCACCUCUCAGCCCGGCAGGAAGCGGAAAGCUAAUUGUGGACCCACUGACGAGAUGAUAAAGGUUUUGCAGUAUAACAAGCCUCAAAGUGCCAGUGUCUUUCUACCACCACCAGAGGAUUCACAGGACAGUUCCGAUGGCAUCCCGACCGCACCCCGCAUGACAGGCAGUCUGGUGUCAGACCGCAGCCACGACGACAUCGUCACCCGAAUGAAAAACAUCGAGUGUAUAGAACUGGGUCGUCACAGGCUGAAGCCGUGGUACUUCUCCCCGUACCCGCAGGAACUGACGUCGCUGCCCAUUCUCUACCUCUGUGAAUUCUGCCUCAAGUACCUCAAAAGUCUCAAGUGUCUCCAGAGACAUUUGACAAAAUGUAACCUCAGACAUCCUCCGGGUAACGAGAUCUACCGCAAAGGAACUAUCUCAUUCUUUGAGAUUGAUGGCAGAAAAAACAAAAAUUAUUCCCAGAACCUGUGUUUACUUGCUAAGUGUUUCUUGGACCACAAAACCCUGUACUACGACACGGACCCUUUCCUCUUCUAUGUAAUGACAGAGUAUGACUCCAAAGGCUUCCACAUAGUGGGAUACUUCUCAAAGGAGAAGGAGUCAACUGAGGAUUAUAAUGUGGCUUGCAUCCUGACGUUGCCUCCUUACCAGCGGCGAGGUUACGGGAAGCUUCUCAUCGAGUUUAGUUACGAAUUGUCCAAGGUUGAAGGAAAGACGGGCACGCCGGAGAAACCCCUCUCAGACCUCGGGCUGUUGUCUUAUCGCUCCUACUGGUCGCAGACCAUUCUAGAGAUUCUCAUGGACCUUAAACCGGAUAAUGGCGAGAGGCCACAGAUCACCAUCAAUGAGAUCAGUGAGAUCACAAGUGUCAAGAAAGAAGAUGUCAUUUCAACACUGCAGUACCUCAACCUGAUCAACUAUUAUAAGGGCCAGUACAUCCUGACUCUGUCAGAAGACAUUGUAGAUGGACAUGAAAGAGCUAUGCAGAAGAGACACACACGCAUAGAUCCAAAAUGUCUUCAUUUCACGCCCAAGGACUGGAGCAAGAGGGGCAAGUGGUGAAGUCUCCUCGGAUCAUUUGGACAGCAGGCAUGAAGGUGGCAUCACAAUGGUUUUGCAAUACAGAAACCCCACCCAACCCAGGACAAGUUUAAAAAAAAAAAAAAAAAAAAAAAUGCAUAAGCUUCUAUUGUGAAUAUCUGUUCAAUACUGUACAUUGGAACUCUUGAACAGUGACUUCAGCAAAACUUACAACACUCCCCCUGCUGGGUACAUGAUCAACUUCAUACAAAACUGUGCAAUUUGUGAAAGGUGGUGAAUAGGGUACAUGAAAUUAAAACAUGCUCAACAUCUCUUGUGGGGCCAUAUUUGAACAUGAAAUUCUAACCUUUUGAAGUGGAUUUCUUCUAAGUAUAAUAGGACCCCCCCCCUCCCUCCUAUCCCUCUUUUCCCUGAGGUUCAUUUGUUGAAAGUACAGCAGUAUUAUUGUGUGUCACACAUUACUGUUUCCAGAGUUCAUGUGCACUCCUGGAACCUUUUAGAACUUUACACCACGUGUUCAGGGCCGAAAUCAUGUCCACACCUUAUGUUGUGUAGUAAGCAUCCUCCUGGCAUACUUUUUAAAAUUGAUGUUCAUGUAUUUUAGUGAUAAUCCUGAUGUCCCUCAAUUGCCCCUCAUGUGGUGGCUGUUGAAAUCUGUUAAACUCAUUUCAUGAGCUGAGUUAUCAAACUCCUCAGAAACACUAUACUAGCACUUUAGAUUUAAUUUGGAUUAAGAUUUCAGAAUUUUAAAUCGCGUGUAUAGUCAGUAGAUCAUAUUUCAACAAUGAUAAAACAAUCUUUUAUGCAUCCCUAAUGCUGGUGGUAUCCAUCUUAAACCAUUGUCAUCCAUUUUCAAUUUACAGUAAGAUAAACUGCUUCCAUGUUUUGUGACUCCAUACCGGAAUUGAUUGUACCUAUCAUACAAGCCAUCUUGAACUGUUAAAGAUUAAUGUACAAUUUG